CGACGUUCCGUUUAGAGACACCGUUUCACUUCCUGUUUGAAUUCACAACAAGAGCCGAACCGCUGAAGCUAAUUCAUUUGAGCAGCUUUUGCUCAACAAACGUUAAUGUAGCAUAAAUACUUACAGACAACAAUGAUUCCUUACACUGUCAACAUCAAACUCGCGGCUCGGACGUUGACUGGCACUCUCAAUUUGCAGAAUAAAACCGCGGUGGAUUGGGGUUGGCAGGGGCUGAUAGCUCAGGGAUGUCACUCCAGUAUCCUCAUCAUCGACCCAAAGACAUCCCAGACCAUUCAGGUUCUAGAAAGGCACAAAGCCAACGUGGUCAAGGUGAAAUGGUCCAGAGAAAACUAUUACCACAACCUGAGCUCACCCUACUGUCUGCGGCUGGCCUCUGGAGAUGCCUCAGGGAAGAUCAUAGUUUGGGACGUGGUCAGCGGCACUGCCCAUUGUGAGAUCCAGGAGCACUCCAAACCUAUCCAAGACUUGGAGUGGUUGUGGAAUCAGGAUGCAUCUCGUGAUCUGCUGUUAGCCGUCCACCCUCCCAACUACAUCGUCCUGUGGAAUGGAGACACAGGCACAAAGCUGUGGAAGAAGAGCUAUGCUGAAAACAUCCUCUCCUUUUCUUUUGACCCCUUCGAUCCAUCCAACAUGGCAUUACUGACCAGCGAGGGAAUAGUCUUUAUCACAGACUUUACCCACUCCAAGCCCCCAGGCAGUGCUGGCAAAAAGGUGUACAUCGCCAGUCCGCAUGCAAGCCCCGCCCACACCAAACCUGCUCCGGCCCCCGCUCUCCCGGCCCCUACUGGUGCCAAGAAGGCUCUCAACAAGGUCAAAGUGCUCAUCACCAAUGAAAAACCCACUGCGGAGGCGGUGACGUUGAACGAUUGCCUUCAGCUGUCCUACCUGCCAUCCAAGAGGAACCACAUGCUGCUGCUUUAUCCCAGAGAGAUUCUCAUCCUGGACCUGGAGCUCAGCCAGACGGUGGGCGUGGUGUCCAUCGAGCGCUCCGGGGUGCCCUUCAUUCAGGUUAUUCCUUGUGCUCAGCGGGACGCCCUCUAUUGUCUCCAUGAGAACGGUUGUAUCACCCUUCGAGUGUGUCGCUCCACCACCACUACAGAGGAGGCAGCAGACCCAGAACAGAGCGUCCAGGAGCUCAUGUACGACCUUCGCUCUCAGUGCGAUGCAAUCCGAGUCACCAAGACAGUCCGGCCGUAUCGCAUGGUUAUCUGCCCUGUCAACGAAAACAACGCUGGGCUCAUGGUCAGCGACGGCAGAGUCAUGCUGUGGGAGCUCAAAGCUCACACUGGCAAGCCUGCAGCCAAUCCUAAUUCGGGUCUGUCGCCGCUCUACUCCCCCGUGUCGUUCUGUGGAGCUCCGCUGGGUCCAAACCAAAAAAGGAUUCAGGAUCUCUCUCUUAACAGCAUGAUCGGCCAGACCUUGAUUGCUGGUGAGAGUCUUCCUCCAUCAUCCAACCAGACGGAGGUCCAGUUAAAGUUCCUGCUGACCGGCCUGCUGUCUGGUCUGCCGCUGCCACCGUUUUCCAUUCGCAUGUGCCCACCACUCACCACCAAAAACAUCAACCACUACCAGCCCCUGCUGGCUGUAGGCACCAGUAACGGUUCUGUACUGGUCUAUAACCUGACCAGUGGUCUUCUCCACAAAGAACUCAGUGUCCACUCUUGUGAAGUCAGGGGGAUUGAAUGGGUGAGUCUUACCAGUUUCCUAUCCUUCGCCACUUCUUCCCCCAACAACAUGGGCCUGGUGCGAAACGAGCUGCAGCAUGUCGACCUGUCUACUGGCAGAUGCUUUGCAUUCAGAGGUGAGCGAGGAAAUGAUGAGCCACCCAUUGAGAUGAUUAAAGUGUCCCACCUCAAACAGUAUCUGGUGGUGGUCUUCAGAGACAAACCCCUGGAGCUUUGGGACACCAGGACAGGAACACUUCUGCGGGAGAUGGCUAAGAACUUCCCCACUGUCACUGCUCUGGAAUGGUCCCCGUCCCACAAUCUGAAGAGUCUAAAGAAGAAGCAAAUGGCAGCGAGGGAGGCCAUGGCUCGGCAGACGGUGUCAGACGCGGAGCAGAGUUGCGUUGAAUCCUCAGUCAUCAGUCUCCUACAGGAUGCAGAGAGCAAGUCAGAGACCAGCCAAGCCAUCUCAGCCAGAGAGCAUUUUGUAUUCACCGACACAGACGGGCAGGUCUACCACAUCACCGUAGAGGGCAACACAGUCAAAGAUGGUGCACGAAUUCCCCCUGAUGGAAGUAUGGGCAGUAUCGCCUGCAUUGCCUGGAAAGGUGACACAUUGGUGCUUGGAGAUGUGGACGGUAAUCUCAACUUCUGGGACCUCAAAGCUCGUUUAUCCAGGGGGAUCCCGACACACCGUGGCUGGGUGAAGAAGAUUCGCUUUGCCCCAGGGAAGGGCAACCAGAAGCUGUUGGUCAUGUACACAGAUGGAGCAGAGGUCUGGGACACCAAAGAGGUUCAAAUGGUCAGCAGCACGCGCAUCGGUCGCAACGUGAACUACCGCAUCCUAGACAUCGACUGGUGCACAUCAGAUAAGGUUGUGCUGGCCUCCGACGACGGCUGCAUCCGAGUGCUGGAGAUGGCCAUGAAGUCCGCCAGCUACAGAAUGGAUGAACAAGACCUGACGGAUCCAGUGUGGUGUCCUUACCUGCUGGUUCCCAGAGCCGCUCUCACCCUCAAGGCAUUCCUUCUCCUGCAGCCCUGGUCAGGAACCUUCACCAUGGAUAUCACUCAAGUAGACUACACUGAGAAAAACGAGAUAAAAGGUCUCAUCCAGGAGCAGCUCAACUCGCUGUCUAAUGAUGUGAAGAGUGUGCUACAGGACCCAGAGUUCAGUCUGUUGCAGCGAUGCCUCCUGGUUUCACGGUUGUUCGGGGACGAGUCAGACCUUCACUUCUGGACGGUGGCAUCCCACUACCUUCAGUUGUUUGCUCAGGCUCGUCAGCUCAGUGUGGCCACAGCAGACGGUCAGGCCCCGAGUGAAGGCAUCCCGCCAUCACAACAGAACCACCUGGACAUUUGCCACGACGUCCUGUGUGAGAGCUCGUACUUUCAGAAGUUCCAGUUGGAUCGGGUUCACCUGCAGGAGGUGAAGCGCACCAGUUAUGAACACACCAAGAAGUGUGCAGACCAGCUCCUCCUGCUGGGUCAGACGGACAGGGCGGUGCAGUUACUACUGGAGACGAGCGCCGACAACACCAGCUACUACUGUGAUUCGCUCAAGGCCUGUCUGGUGACCACCAUUACCUCCUCAGGCCCCUCACAGUCCACUAUCAAACUAGUGGCCACCAACAUGAUCGCUAAUGGCAAGCUAGCAGAGGGAGUACAGCUGCUGUGUUUGAUUGACAAGGCAGCCGACGCCUGCCGCUACUUGCAGACCUACGGGGAGUGGAACCGAGCCGCCUGGCUGGCUAAGGUGCGUCUCAGUCCAGCAGAGGGCUCAGACGUACUGAAGCGCUGGGCCGAGCACCUGAUCUCCCCGCAGGUCAACCACAAGUCCAAAGCCAUCCUGGUGCUGCUGUCACUGGGCUGCUUUUACAAAGUGGGAGAGAUGCUCCACAGCAUGAGGCACUUUGACCGCGCCGCCCUCUUUAUCGAAGCCUGUCUGAAGUCCGGGGUGAUGGAGGCCAAUGACUCUUCCAAUAAACUCAUCGAGGCUGCGUUUUUGGACUAUGCCCGGCUGCUCCGCUCGCUGGGCCUGCGGGAGGGUGCUGCCCUGUGGGCGUCACGGGCCGGCAGUGCAGGGGAGCAGCUGAUGGAGGAGCUGUUCCAGGGAGAGGGAGGUGUUCCAGAAACCAUUCUUGGCGGAGAAGAAGUCAAGCUGGGCCAGGAGAGCGCUGAGUGACCUCAAGGACGGGCGGUUUGGGAGAUCACGGAUGGCGUGCACAUUAUCGCAGACCAAGUGUCCGCCAUUCAUUCUAACUUCAGCAACUUAACAUUUGUGAAUGAACUUUGUGUCAGCAUCCAAGGGAAUCAUGAUCAUCAUCUCCUCACCAGGAGAAGGAAGAGCUGUGCAGAGUUUCCUCCAUGUGAAGUUGUCAGUUGUCUGUGACUUUUCUGAGUUUCUUAACGUUUGGUAUGAACAGUGUGAGUUUGUGUGCAUAUAUGUGAUGCAUGUAACAGCCCCAAAGGAAACACCCUUCUUUCCUGAUUCCCCCCAACAAGUGGAGUUAUACACAUUGUUGUUAUUCACCUUGAUAUCGGUGUGUGAUUUCGUUGGUUAAUUAAUUGAACUAGAUUCAUUUUUAAAUGGUUAAACUUUCUUUUUUGUGCCCGUAUUGAUCAUUUCAAAGUACUGUUGCAGCUCUGCAGGUUCAAUUAGCCUUUUUGCUGCUGAAAUUAAAUCUGGUAAAUUUAUCCCAAAUUAAUAAAUUAACUAUUUCAUUUUGAAAAUGCACUCCCCCAAAGCUACUGUGACUGAAUUCCAAAAUUCACUCUUUGCUUUUUCAUUUAGCGAAAACCAAUUGAAUCUUUAUAAGAGGCAUCUAAACAGACACAUAACAGAGUGGAUGUUUUCUCUCCAGCAGGUGGUGACUGACCAAAGCCCCUGCAGAUGGGAAGAUAGUGAAAUUACUGAGCCAGGCUGCCCUGCGCUCAUUACACAUUUAUUAAAAUAUUAUCUCCCGGCACACCGAGGAGAGAAGAAUCUGACCGCUGCCACCUAAGAGAUACCAUUUAAUUAGCUUGUGUAGAGUUCAGCUCAGUUAAAUAGAUGCUGAUUGUUCAUUAAUCCAAAUUGAGGUUUUCUGUGCGUUACAAGACGAGCGGGCAUAACGCGUUGUAACUCAUUUGACCUCUGACGGAUCGUUUAUACACAAGCAAUACAAAGUGCUGCUCCCACUGUCGCUCGUCACAAUCACAACACCUGACGCACAACAGCAGUAGUUUAGACUCGUGACUCCUGCUCUGCUUUUAAUCAACACUGUACAUUCUACAUCCAGUGAUCUUUAAAAUCAUCUGUAUGACAAUGCAACGACUUUAGUGAUUGUGUGUUUUUUUUGUUUUUUUUAAAUUGCCUUGUAACAUGUUAAGUUGUCCUGAAGUGAGACACUAACUCCAUCCACAGGACUUUUCGUGCGUUAUUGUGUUUCAUAAACACGUGCUGUUUCUCUUCUGUGUUGCGUUUUUACCCCAGGCACUGUCACUAUGGCAACCCAGGCUUAUUUUCAUGGUGGGGGGGGAUAUAUAUGCUGUUCCUGUAGAUCCAUUUCACACAGCCCCACUAACGCACUAUAGGAUCACAUCGAGUCAGCCUCGGGUCACCUGGAGUUUAGCUGGUGCUGUGUCUCUUUUCCCAGUAAUGCAGUAUUGUGGAAGCAGCGUGUACUUUACGUUAGGAUUAACACGUGCUGCUUGUCUUUGUACUAAAAACGAACUUGACAAAAUGAUGCUGUUCAGCGUGUAGACGGGUGAGAAGACAUUCCUCAAACAGUAUGUUUUGUAAGAACAAGUCAUUGUAACGUUAAAGCCUGUUUUCAUUGUUCUCUGUUCAUUGUUUACACAGUGAUCCUGAUGCUUUAAGCUAUAUAAAUAUUACAAGAGAAGAAAAGAUAUAUGUAUAUAUAUAUGGAUGGCAAUAAAAUCAAUAUAAUUAA